AUGUAUGCUGCAUUUAUCUUAUGGGUGUAUGCUGCAUUUAUCUUAUGGAUGUAUGCUGCAUUUUUCUUAUGGGUGUAUGCUGCAUUUAUCUUAUGGGUGUAUGCUGCAUUUAUCUUAUGGGUGUAUGCUGUAUUUAUCUUAUGGGUGUAUGCUGCAUUUAUCUUAUGGGUGUAUGCUGCAUUUAUCUUAUGGGUGUAUGCUGCAUUUAUCUUAUGGGUGUAUGCUGCAUUUAUCUUAUGGGUGUAUGCUGCAUUUAUCUUAUGGGUGUAUGCUGUAUUUAUCUUAUGGGUGUAUGCUGCAUUUAUCUUAUGGAUGUAUGCUGCAUUUAUCUUAUGGGUGUAUGCUGCAUUUAUCUUAUGGAUGUAUGCUGCAUUUAUCUUAUGGGUGUAUGCUGCAUUUAUCUUAUGGGUGUAUGCUGCAUUUAUCUUAUGGGUGUAUGCUGUAUUUAUCUUAUGGGUGUAUGCUGCAUUUAUCUUAUGGGUGUAUGCUGCAUUUAUCUUAUGGGUGUAUGAUGCAUUUAUCUCAUGGGUGUAUGCUGCAUUUAUCUCAUGGGUGUAUGCUGCAUUUAUCUUAUGGGUGUAUGCUGCAUUUAUCUUAUGGGUGUAUGCUGCAUUUAUCUCAUGGGUGUAUGCUGCUCUUCUUCUCAUUGUUGUCGUUUAUCUCAUCACACAUGAAGCAAAAGCAAAAGAAGAUGAAGAAGUUUUAAUUUGUGUGAAGUGA